AUGACUAUCACAAAACAUCCUCCUCCUCCUCCUAAUUCAACACACAAACUUUAUAAAAAUUUAUUAUUACCACCAUCGAUCAGAAAACAACGGGGCUACAAGAGUUUAACUAAAUUUCCCCCCACAACUACAAACACCAACGCUAAAAAGAAAAAAAACCUUUACAAAGAUCCUUGUUCUUUUGAUCUUAUAAAAUUAAACGAAUUAUGGAAUAAAACAGAACCAUUUAUUUCAUAUACAUAUAAAAAUGAUUUUGUAACAGAUAGUAGAGAAAUAGUUAUUGAAAACAUACAUAAAGGAACUCCUAUUUGUAUUAUAGUAGCAUUACCAAAAAGUAUUCUUAAAAAAUCAAUAUUAAUUAAAAAGUUCACUCCUUAUAACAUAUUUGCAAGGAUAGUCAGUAAUCAAAUUGUUCAACCUAUUUCAAUGGUAAAAACUAAAAAUCAUUCAAAUAUUUUCAGAGGAUUAACUUAUAUCAAAUAUCCUGGAAAUUAUUUAAUCAAUGUUGAUCUGGAAAUCGAUUAUUUUAAAAAUUAUAAGAUUUACCUUCAAUCUGAAAAUAGGUUAAUAGUCACAUUGAAGAAUAGAUCUUUUCUUCCAAAUAAUACUUUACCAUCUUGUAAUGCUAAUUCUGAUUUUUCUGGAAUUUGGAUGUCUGAAGAAUAUUAUAAUUCCUUUCAUCCUUAUGCUCAUUACGAAUCAAUGAUGGAGGUUGAUGAUGAUAUUCUAUAUGUUCCCACAAAAUGUAAAAUGAAAUAUGUCUCUCCAUUGGAACAAUUGAUCUGUAUGAGAAAUCAUACAAUUCAUGCAUAUGGCGAUGAAAUACUUUGGAGUAAUUUAUAUGGCACAUCAGUAGGCCAUGCUGGUGAGCAGUGGUGUAGUGUGGCGAGAUACCAUAAACUACCUGUGUGUGACUGCAAAGUUCCACCGUUUACACUUUUACCAAGAUUACCCUUUGCACAUCUUAAAUCAACAGCAUUUGAUGGUUCAAUCUAUUUUCAACCAAUGAAAAUAAUACAAAAUUUGGAAUGGUUAAGUUUAUCAUCAAAAAACUUCAUGAAAGAUCAAAUACCUAAAGAAAACGUUGUAUUGGUUUCUGUGUCAAAUGAUAUACCAGCAGACUAUUCAAUAUCCAGAUUUGAACAGGUGUUGACUCUAUUUUUCAAUAAGCUUCGUAAAAUUUAUCCUGUUUCCCUCAUAAUAAUUCGUACCCCUGAACCUUACACACUCACACCACACCCCAAAACCACUACAAGAACUCUUAUUCAACAAGUCAGAAAUGUCACAAUCACUCUAGCAAAAAAUAUUGGUGCUCAUAUAUGGGAUGCUGGUAUUAUUGAUGGAAGAAAAUGGAGAACGAGUCCGGAAUGUCGUAAAAACAAAUCAUCUUUUAGAACUGAUGCAGCAGGGCUGCAGUUACAAAUUUUAUUUAAUAUUUAUUGUAAAACUAUCUUAGGCUAA